AUGGCAUCUGCUGCUUCUAUUUAUGAGUUCGAACCUUUGAAUAAACAAGGCGAACCAACUCCCCUCGCCGACUACAAAGGCAAAGUGCUCUUAAUCGUCAACACAGCCUCGAAAUGCGGUUUCACACCCCAAUUCGAAGGACUCGAGAAAUUAUACAAAGAUAUCAAGGAGAAGCACGGCGAGGACUUUGUGGUCUUAGGGUUUCCAUGUAAUCAAUUCGGUGGACAAGAUCCCGGUAGUGAUGAGGAAAUUCAAAGUUUCUGCCAGAUUAACUAUGGAGUUUCUUUCCCUAUCAUGAAAAAAGUCGACGUAAACGGCGACAACGCAGCUCCCCUUUUCAAAUGGCUCAAAGAAGAAAAACCCGGUCUCCUCGGUCUUCAACGAGUAAAGUGGAAUUUCGAAAAAUGGUUGGUGGGUAGAGAUGGAAAGGUAAAGCAGAGAUGGGCGAGCACAACUAAGCCGGAUUCUUUGGAGAAACAUGUUUUGGAGGCGUUGAAUGAGGCUAAGUCUGAACUUUGA